AUGCCACCGCGUCGCGAAUUAACUCGAGAGGAAAAAGAUGAGAAGAAUAGGAAGGCUAGGGAAAAAAGAAGUAACGAAGACCCGGAGGCUAAGGAAGUGCGAUUGGCGGCUAAUAGGGAAAAGGCCAAGAUCGCUCGUGAAGAGAAGCGACGUCGGCUCAAUCCCGAAGAAGUUCAGGUUGCCAAAAAUUUGAAUGCGAAAAAGGCUAGGGAAGGGCGUCAGGCAGAGGCACCUGACGAGAGAGCGUUGAGGCAGAGGUUAGAUGCUGAGCGGAAGAGAGUCGCCCGUGCUAACGAGACUCAGGUUGAACAUGAAGCUAGACUGCAUGAUCAGCGAAUCCGUCAGCAACUCCUUCGACAGGAACAAGCGGAAGAAGAAAAUCGUGCUCGACUGUUAGCCGAGGCGGAGCGGCAAGCAGUUUUUCGUCAAGAAGAAGAAAAUCGUGCGCGACUGUUAGCCGAGGUGGAGCGGCAAGCAGUUCUUCGUCAAGAAGAAGAAAAUCGUGCGCGACUGUUAGCCGAGGCGGAGCGGCAAGCAGAUCUUCGUCAAGAUGAACAAAUUCGAGCUCGAUUGCAAGCCGAGGCAGAGCGGCAAGCUGCUCUUCGUCAACAAGAAGCAGCAAUUAUUCUACGAGCGAUGAAUCAGAGACCUGCAUGUGAUCGCCCAAGAGUUGUUCUUGCUAAUGAUGCUGUGGCAGAGCGUCCGGCAAGACAACAACAUCAGGCAAGAAAGAGAGCUGCUGACGACAGCGAAACUCCCGAAGAACAACGAGCUAGGUUGCAAGCCCAGGCGUUACGGAAGAAAUAUCUGCGGAGAGAUGAAUCGGAAGCAGAGAGAUCAGCAAGACUUCAAGAUCAGGCAGUGAGGCAAAAAUCUCUGCGGAACGAGGAGUCUGAAGCAGAGAAAAGUUCUAGACUUUGUGAACAGGCUUUGCGGCAAAAUUCUCUGCGGAAAGAGGAAUCGGAGGCAGAGAGAUCAGCUAGACUUCAAGAUCAGGCACAGAGGCAAAAAUCUCUGCGGAACGAGGAAUCUGAAGCAGAGAAUUCUUCAAGACUUCGUGAGCAGACCUUGCGUCAAAAUUCUUUGCGGAAAGAGGAAUCUGAAGCAGAGAAUUCUUCAAGACUUCGUGAGCAGACCUUGCGUCAAAAUUCUUUGCGGAAAGAGGAAUCUGAAGCAGAGAAGUGGGCUAGACAACGAGCGCAGGCACUACGCCAAAAAAAUUUACGAACCAAAGAAACUGAAUUAGGUGCAGCUAAUAGACAGUUGGCAGACAAAGUUCGACAUGAAGCUACCCGUUCUAAAGAAACUCCCGAGGAAAGAUUGGAUCGCGCUAUCGCUGAUAACUUUCUUCAUCAGAUUCAUCGUCUCGAAGAAACUGAGCAGGAAGCCGCAGCAGGUCGCGAAGCAAAUAUGGAAUGGAUGGCUGGUUACCGAGCAACUGAGAAUGAGGAAGAAACAGCUGAUAGGCGUGAAGAGGAUAGGUUGCGAACAGAGCUACAGCGAGAACAUCAAUUUGAACGAGAGCGAGAAGAGGAAGAACUGCGAGCAAGAAAUGCGCUUCAACACGCCGAAAUUGUUCCCGUUGAAACCGCAGACCACGAAGCUUUUCUUCGUGAGAUGCACCUUGAUCGCAACCGUGCUGGAAAUCGGCGAACGCAUCGGAUAGCUUGCAAAGACAUUGUUGUAGAGGAUCGGGUUCAUUUGCUUGACAUUGGAGAUUUGACCAAGAUUUGUGCUGAGUGUGACGCCAAACACUUUGAAAAAGAGAUGCCAAAAGAUCAAAAGUUCCAGCGAUGCUGCGGAAAGGGAAAAGUAAUUAUUCCACCACCAAAGCCAUGUCCGCAACCCUUGGCCAGUCUCUUGCAAAAUCAGCAUCCAAAGUCCAAGCAAUUCAUGAAGCAAAUUCGAAACUACAACAGUGCUCACGCUUUUGCUUCGCUUGGAGCAAACCAAUCUCCACCACCAAACCGAGGCCCCUACUGCUAUCGAAUUCAUGGCCAGAUUUACCAUCAAAUCACUCCGCUUGGUCCAACACCAAAUCCCAGAUAUGCAGAUCUGUAUUUUUUGGACUCGGCGCAGGCCACUGAUUAUAGGGCAAAUAUCCAGGCAAUGUCGGGUUGUUGUAGAAUAUUGAUGGAAGAAUUGGACGCUAUGCUUCGAGAGAAGAAUCCGUACGCCUUGGUUUACAAGAUGAUGCGCCAAGUUCUUGAAGAAGAAUACGUUCAACGCCAGGCCGCAAAUCUUCCUCACUACACUGUCGGCAUGAUAAUCACUUGUGAUAGAAGAAAUGUCGACCAGCGGCGCUACAACUGCCCGACGGCCCACGAGAUAGCAGUAGUAUUCAAAAGCUCUGAUGGAGCUCCGCCAUCCAACAGAGAUAUUCGUGGCCAUCUCUAUAUUCCCGUCAGAGGCCGACGUUUCAUCCAGAUUAACACACAGAAGCCCAUGUGUGAUCCGAUGUGUUAUCCUCUGCUAUUCCCCAACGGUGAAGAUGGUUGGCAUGCUCACAUGAAUUAUAACACCACCAGUCGGAGGGAAAGAGAUGAAGCAGCAGCAAUGGCAAUGAUUGUUGAUGAGGAUGAAGAGGAGCAGAUUGAUCCCCUGUGGCCCAACCCCAGAGUGUUAAUUCGUGAAGAAGUCGCCGCAGCAGAUGGCAAUGCUGAGAUUGAAAAUGAGCGAAAUGUAGAACCGGAACCAGCCGAAGCAGACGAGAACGAUGAUCAACAACCAAACAGGAACAGAGGCCCACGCUCAAGAGUGACGCAAGCCGAGUUCUACAGUUCAAUCAUGUCAAUCCGCGGUGAUUUCAAUAUCGUUUUGUCCGGGGGUGCCCUCACUCAGCAAUAUUUUGUCGAUUCUUACGUCAAGACCGAGGGGAAUCGCAUAGAUUGGCUCAGAAAACACCAGACAGAGCUGCAUGUUGAGCGCUACUGCGGUCUGAUGGAUUACAUCAACAAUCGAGCGGAAAGAGAAAAUGUGGAAGUUGGCACUAUCUACAUUCUCCCUUCGUCCUUCAUUGGCAGUCCUCGAGCCAUGAAGCAAAAUUAUCAAGACGCGAUGGCAAUUGUUGCCAAAUUUGGAAAACCAACUUUUUUUUUGACGUUUACUUGCAAUCCCAAGUGGAGAGAAAUUACGGCAAAUAUUGCGAACUAUCAGACAGCUUCUGAUCGUCCCGAUAUGGUCGCACGAGUCUUCCACUUGAAGAAAAAAGAGUUGGUCGACGACAUCGAGAAAAAGCAAGUUUUGGGUUUCGCCACAGCUCAUAUCGAAGUCAUCGAAUUUCAAAAACGCGGUCUUCCUCAUUGCCACAUGCUGAUCUGGAUCGAUAAGAGAGAUGCCCCUUUAUCACCAGAAGAUAUGGACAAGACCAUUUGUGCGGAAAUUCCCGACAAGUCCCUCCAUCCAAGACUCUACGCCGCUGUUAUGGCUCACAUGAUCCACGGCCCGUGUGGAGCCAUCAACAAAAAGUCUCCUUGCAUGGAUGUUGAAGGGUGCACCAAAAAGUUUCCGAAAGAUUUCAUCGCAGGAACCAUCAUCAACGACAACGGCUAUCCGACUUAUAGAAGAAGAGACACUGGAGUUAAACAUCCGUUGAAAAGAGGGAAUGUCGUCUAUGAAGUAGACAACAGAUGGGUUGUGCCUUAUAACCCUUGGUUGCUGCUGAAAUAUGACUGUCAUAUAAACCUCGAAUCCUGCGCUUCACUCACCAGUGUCAAAUACAUCUUUAAGUACGUGUACAAAGGCCAUGACAGCGGAAACAUUGAGACAAAAAAGGGAACGCAUCAGCAAGUUGAAGGUGAAGAUGAGCCGACAUUCGUGUGGGACGAAAUCACUACUUUUUUGGACACGCGUUACGUCAGCGCACCAGAAGCCGCCUGGAGAAUCAAUAAGUUUCCCCUCAGCAAUCGUUCCCAUGUCAUCUUCCGACUUGCCGUACAUCUUCCAUUGGAACAGUCCGUCUUUUUCCACCCGGGCAACGAGGAACAAGCAGUCACCAACGCCGCUUUGAAAGAAACGACUUUAACUGCUUUUUUCAUCUUGAACCGAGAUAAUGAAGAAGCGAGGCAGUAUUUUUACCGAGAGAUUGUCAACCAUUUUGCUUUCGUCAAGGUUGGUGGCCGUAAUUUCUGGAAGCGACGAGUUCAAAAUCUCAAAAUCAUUGGCCGAUUGUACACGGUGAGCGUCCGUCAAAUUGAGCGAUUCUGCCUGCGCUUGCUCCUCAUUAACGUCAAAGGACCUACCAGUUUUGAAAAUCUUCGAACAGUCAACGGUGUAAUUUUACCGACGUUUAAAGCAGCCGCCGCUGCCUUAAAUUUGUUGGAAGAUGACAGCGUUUGGGAGAGGACGCUGGACGAUGCGGCCGCCUUUGAAAUGCCAGAACGAUUGCGACAGCUUUUUGUUGACAUUUGUCUGUUUUGCAAUCCUACGGAUGCUCUUUAUCUCUUUGAGCGAUCUUUACCUCAGCUAAUGGAAGAUUUUAUUCGUAAUGGUCACGACGCCGAAAUAGCAAAAAACUUGACUUUGAAAUUUAUUCAAGACAAGCUACUUCUCAAUAAUCAAACGAUGGAAAAUCUCUCAUUGCCUGUUCCUGAUUUUCAGCUUAUUCAUCGUCUUAUCGCGGCUCAACUCGAAGAAAAUGCUGAAAUUACUAUGAGAGAGAAGAGAAGAUUGGGUGAAUUGAUGGUUAGUCAGUUGAACGAAGGUCAACGGGCUGCCUUCGAUCAAGUCAUGGCUGCCGUCAACGAUACUGAAAAUGCAAUUCCGCAUCAGUAUUUCUUGGAUGGCCCUGGAGGAACGGGGAAGACGUUCCUGUACAACACUCUCAUCACCGUACUGCAGGGACAAGGGAAAACAGUGAUCGCCGUUGCGUCUACCGGCAUCGCUUCUACGUUGUUGAUUGACGGCACAACGUAUCAUUCCCAAUUCAAGAUUUACCCUCCAAUUACUGAAGCGACCAGAUCAAAAAUCGAAGAUGGUAGCUUCCUCGCCCAUUUGAUCAGAAGUGCAGUUCUCAUCAUUUCUGACGAAGCCACCAUGAAGACAAAUCACGCCCUUAGUGCUUUCAAUUUCCUGUUCCAAAAGUUGCACAAGAACAAUCUUCCUCACGGUGGUAAAGUGCUCCUUCUUGGUGGCGAUUUUCGUCAGUGUUUACCGGUCGUCCGACACGGAAACAGGGUGACAGUGCUGGAAGUCACUAUCCGAAACAAUGACACUUGGCCUCAGUUUCGACAACUUCGUCUGACUCAAAAUAUGCGUACCGUGGCCGGCAGUCAAGACUACGCCGAUUGGCUCAUUCAGCUUGGAAACGGAACUCUACCGACGCAUCCAAAAUUGAACAUCCCCGAUAUGAUUGAAAUUCCUAAAGAAUUUUUCAAUUAUAACCGGAGUUUAGUCGAGCACGUCUUUGGUGAUCCUGCUCAACUGUUAGAUCCCGUCGUAUCUCAAAAAAUAUGCAGUCGCGCUAUUCUUUGUCCGAAAAACGGCGAUUGCUUACGAAUCAACAAUCAGAUCAUCAAAGACAUGCCCGGUACGCUUCAUGAGUACAGAAGCAUCGAUACCAUCGACUCUGACGACCCUGAAGAAAUUUCAAAUUACCCAACCGAAGUUCUCAACUCCUUUGACGUCUCCGGAAUUCCCACCCAUUUGCUGAAAAUGAAAGUGGGAGCCGUCAUCAUUCUUCUGAAGAAUAUCGAUUCGCGUCAGGGACUUUGCAAUGGGACCCGGCUCAUCAUCAGGGCGCUUAGAGAAAAUCUGAUCGUUGCAGAAAUUGCUGCUGGAAAAAACAAGGGGCACAUCGUCUACAUCCCGCGGAUGAUGAUGUCCCCAACUGAUUCGGAUCUUCCAGUCAUCCUCAAGAGGCUCCAGUUUCCCGUUUUGUUGGCGUUUGCGAUGACCAUCACAAAGUCACAGGGCCAAACGUUUGAUCGGGUCGGAAUAUUACUUCCAGAACCCGUCUUCAGUCAUGGCCAGCUGUAUGUGGCCUUCUCCAGAGCUACAUCGAAAGACGGAGUCCGAGUCGAGAUUGCUGAGUCUGGGAAGCAAGGCAAGCUUCUCAAAAAUCAUCCGACAGCCACCGAAGAAGAAAAGAAAAAGGUGUUUACUUUAAAUGUUGUCUUUAAAGAAGUUUUAUUGUAA